AUGGCUGUGGCUUCUGGGGGAAGUAUGGGUAUAAAGAAAGGACCCGUUAUCCCAUUAGAACGCAAAGAAUUGAUUUCAUUAGGCUCCUUAUGGUUUGGCCUUUUCGUAAUCCUCGCCUUACUCCACGCCGCCGAGAUUGCCAUUACCACCCUUUACCCCUGGAAAGUCCGCGAAAUUGCCGAAGAAGAGGAAAAGCAAGGCAACAUGCGUGGCACGUUCAAAGUUCUCAACGAAGACAUUACCCGCGUCCUUACCACAAUCCUGGUUGCCUCGACGGCCUGCUCCAUUUUUGCCACGACUUUGUUUACGCAUUUGGUGGCGAGCCUGUUUGGAUUGCAAGGCGAACGAUACGGUGCCAUAGCACUAACCGGAUUGACGUUGUUCUUCGUGGAACUUUUGCCCAAAAGUUUGGGUGUCACCAAUGCCGAAACAGUCGCACGAAUAAUGGUACCACCCGUUAAUGUCGCUUCGGCUAUUGUGAGUCCGCUCGGUAUUUCUCUCUCUUGGCUAGCCAAGCGCACCUUGUCCAUGCUAGGUGUCAAGGACAAAAACAGUGGCUCGGGUGUAUCCGACAGCCAGCUGCGCUUGAUUGUAACGGGCGCCUUGGAUUCGGGUACCAUUGAUCAUGGUGAACAAGAAAUGAUUCAGGGUGUUUUAAAGUUACAAGAUCAGCGGGUGAAGGAAAUCAUGCGCCCCCGCGUCGAAAUGGUAGCAGUUCCAGUAGACAUGUCGGUCGCUAGCGUACUAGGCGUCGUUCGAGAGUCCGGAUACUCACGAAUUCCCGUGUACGAUGGCGAGAUCGACAAUAUCGUGGGCAUUGUACUGGCCAAGUCCGUGUUGGAUUUUUUCGUAAAUGGAGUGCUGGUCGACGAAGAUUUGAGCAAAAAGUUGGGUAAGAAUACCGAAGAAAUCAAGGCUGCAGUAGAAGACCUCAAGGCCGCUGACGAAGCUCGUCGCGGCGAACUACCUGACGAUAUACAAGCCGAUGCGGACAAGGUCAUGGAACGCGUGGAUCUUAAAAUUGAUGCACUAGUCGAUCAGCGUAUCGAUGCGAACAUUGACGCGUCCCUUCCACCCAGUCUAUACACUCCGGAGCGUAUUCCGAUUCGUAGUAAGGGCAACAGCAAUGAACCACAAGGAUAUGUUCGAUCACUGACAGCAACCGAGUUGGCUUCUCGGAUGGAGAAAUCUAUCCAGGAAGCUGGCUUGAUCGAGUCUUGUUAUUUUGUGCCGGACACCGCCAACGGGUGGUCAGUUCUACAAGAAAUGCGUCGUCGUCGGGUGCAUUUGGCAAUUGUCGUGGACGAAUUCGGCGGAACAGGAGGACUGGUGUCGCUGGAAGAUAUUGUGGAAGAAGUGGUUGGUGAAAUCUACGACGAAGACGACGAUGAGGAUUUUCAGGUUUCGGAGGACUCGAUUGCCAUGCAGGACGACGGAACCUUUUUGAUUCGCGGCGACGCCGAUUUGGAAGACUGCGAUACUAUUUUGGAACUGAACCUGGAUGAGGAAGAAGCUCUGAAAGAAUUUUCGACCCUAUCUGGUUUUCUGUGCAUGUGUGCAGGGGAGAUUCCUUCGGUUGGGGACUUUAUUAUGAGCCGAGGUUGGUCGUUUGAAAUUUUGAGCGCAGAUGACAAGAAAGUGUUACUCGUCAAGGUGGAGCGCUUGGUUGGUGCAUUCGAUAAUGAAGAGGAAGCAGCGAGUGAGAAUGUUCUCAAGAACCUGCUAAAGUUAAAUUCCAACAAAGAGCACAACAGCAAUCAUAACAGUAAUGACGGCGACUCCGACAGCGAAAAUCGAGACGGCCGGGAUUCCGAGCAGGAUCGCGAACAGCAGGCCGAGGGCGAACUCCAGAGUACCGUCGCUGCGAAUAUGGCUGAAGCCAGAGAGAUCGAACGUAUGGUGGAAGCCGGGGAACGUAAACGAGCAGUACUGGAAGCAAUCAAGUUCGCAUCGUUGGCCAACAAUACGUCGCCCGACAGAAACGAGUUGUGA